UUUGUGAAAUUUUAGCUUCGAAUGUUUAAUUGUUAGGUUUUCGACUCGAUAUAAGGGUUUAAUUUCGGGUAAAUUUUGUAAAACCCUAAUUCGUUCUCGAAUUAGGGUUUUGAAGUACAGAGAAGCUUGUGGACUGCUUGUUCGUAAAUAUGUUUUGAAUUAGAGUUAUGGCGGGAAAUGUGAGAUUUGAGUCUAGUUCUGCUAGUCCGGAAGAUUUGGCAUCUUCAGGGAACUAUCCAAACGGACAGCAGGGGUUUUAUUCAUUGGAUAGGUCUGGAAGCUUCCGGGAAGGGAGUGAGAGCCGGAUGUUUAGUUCUGUGAGCAGUAUGUCUCGAGGAAUGGCUACAUCAACGGGGGAUGUGCCAUCAUUAUCUCAGUGGUUAACAUUGGAUCCUAUUACAAUGGGUGAUCAAAAAUAUAUACGGUUAGGUGAUCUGAUAAGCAAAGUGUUGGGAACGUCUAUUGGGACCACUGCCGAAGACAAUGCUUUUGGAGCUGCUCAUGCAAAGCCUCCCCCUGCAGUAGCUACUGAGGAAUUGAAACAGUUUAAAGCAAAUGUGUUGUAUGGCUCUAUUAAGGCGCGGGGUAGGGCAAAAAAGAUCGAUGAAUCCUUGCACAAUCUGGACAAGUAUGUUAAGGCUUUAAAUCCAAAGAAGUUACCACGGAAUGACAUGCUAACAAAUGAAAGGCCUGGUGGAACAAAUAUGUUAAAGAUGGGUGCUUUGAUGCAACGGAAUUCUCCUGACUUUUUGCCUCAAAGACUGGAGGACAGAACUAAAAGUGUAGGUCUGAAUAAAAGAGUUCGCACUUCAGUUGCUGAAACAAGGGCUGAGCGAAGUAAUAUUCCUGCAAGGCAGGCUCUACCUAUGAUAAAAGAUAGAAACAUGCUGAAAGAUGGUGGUGAAACUUCUGAUGUGGUUGAAGAAAAGAUCCGUAGACUGCCUGCUGGAGAAGGGUGGGAAAAGAAAAUGAAAAGGAAGCGUUCAGUUGGCACUGUUUUAACCAGACCUGCAGAGGGUGAUGGAGAGCUUAAACGUGUAAUGCAUCAUAAGCUUAGCAAUGAAUCUUGUCCGCUGUCUUGUGAUGCCCAAGGCUUUAGACCAGGAUCUUCUGGCGGUGCCAAUGGCAUUAAUAAGUUAGAUAAUACUUCCUUGCUUGCUAGUUCAAAUGUCCGUGCAAUUCCCAAGAGUGAUUUGGGGAAGGUUUCUCUUUCAAGGGAUUUCAUGGCUGGUUCAAAUAAGGAGUGCAUUAAAGGAAACAAGUUAAACAUACGUGAGGAUAAUCAUUUAGUCACUACUAGUCCGUUGACGAAAGGAAAGGCCUCAAGGCUACCUCGAACUGGUCCUGUAAUGGCUGCAAAAUCUUCUCCAAAUAUUCCUCGUCCAUCUGGAUCAGAUGGCUGGGAACAAUCUCCAAUUAUAAACAAAAUUAAUUCUGUGGUUGGGGCUAGUAAUCGCAAGCGUCCUUUGUCUGUGGGAUCAUCCUCUCCCCCUAUAACUCAGUGGGGUGGUCAGAGGCCACAAAAAACCUCACGCAGCCGAAGAGCUAAUUUGGUCUCUCCUGUCUCAAAUCUUGAUGAAAGCCAAACAUCUUUAGAGGGUUGUACACCUUCUGAUUUAGGUGCUAGAAUACCUACUAUUGGGAGCAAUGGGUUGCUUGUUGCUAGAGGCAUGUCUAAUGGCACCACACAAUAUAAGGUGAAGCAGGAGAUUGUUUUAUCCCCAGCCAGAUUAUCUGAAAGUGAAGAAUCUGGUGCUGGGGAAAAUUGUGAAGGUAGGUCAAAGGAAAAAGGAGUGGGUAGCAGUGAAUUAGAGGAAAGAACCACUUAUGUUCAUAGUGGUGGUCCAUCAUUGUUGCUUACAAAGAAGAACAAAGCACAGAACAAGGAAGAGAUGGGAGAUGGCGUGCGUAGACAGGGUAGGAGUGGACGAGGCCCAUCAUAUUCUAAGGCUAGCAUUUCGCCACUGCAGGAAAAGUUGGAAAAUUCAUCCUUAUCAAAGCCAGUUAAAAGUUCAAGGCCUGGUUUUGAUAAGAAUGGAAGCAAGUCAGGGCGUCGGCCACUAAAGAAAAUGUCAGAACGCAAGGUCUUUACUCGACUGUGUCAUACAUCAAUGGCUGGUUCCCCAGAUUUGUCUGGUGAUUCAGAUGAUGAUCGUGAAGAUCUCUUGGCAGCUGCAAAUUUUGCUUGUAAUUCCAGCUAUCUUGCAUGUUCUGGUUCAUUCUGGAAGAAAAUGGAACUGAUGUUUGCUUCCAUCAGCUUAGAGGAUGCAGCCUACUUGAAGCUACAGGGUGAUCUUGUGCAUGAAGAUUUUCUGUCUCAGAUUCUUGUUUCUGGUGAAAAAGACAGAGGCCUUCCUGGUCAGAUUAAGUCAAAAGAGCUGACUAGGAUUCCUGAUCUGGGUGAUCAAGUUCAGGACAAUGGUUUCUUUUGUGGAACAAUGGACUCAGAGAGUAUGAAUGAAGACACUCCAUUGUAUCAAAGAGUGCUUUCAGCUCUGAUUGUGGAAGAUGAAAUUGAAGAAUUUCCAGAGAAUAGGGGAGGGAGAAAUAUGUCUUUCCUAUAUCAUCAGGAUGAUUCUUCUGGUGGUACAUGUCUCCUUAUUGAUGCUGAAACUAGGAAGAUGGAGAGGAUGGAAGUUGAAUAUUACUCCAUGCUGGAUGUUCAGGUUCAGAAGCAAUCUUCUGUUGACAGAUUGACCUGCAAUGGGACUUCUACCUUUAACAGGGGCAAAAACAUACAAAAUAGAUUGUGUAAUGAUGAUUUUGCAAAUGGAGGGACUGGGCUUUUGCAUUCAGAUAUUGGGAUUUUGACUGAGUUUUCUGAAAUUGGCUGUAAUGGACCAAAAGCUCUAAAUACAACUGCGUUUGGCAUUGAUUCCUUUGAUUGCCAAUAUGAUGAGAUGCCUCUGAAAGACAAAGUUUUGCUGGAGGUGCAGAGUAUUGGCCUGCAUCUGGAAGCUGUG